UUCAAAUUACACGAAUAUUUCCUUCCCAUUUUUUCUGCAGUCUUCAAUCUUUUCCAACAACCAGACAACACACCGCAAAAAAGCCAAUACAAAAUGGGAUUUAGCUUUGUAAAGCAUCUUCUAGUAGUGCUGAUUUCUUUCUGGGUUUUUGCUGAUCCGGCAUUUGCAAAGCAUGAGGGCAUUACUAGGCACUAUAAGUUUGACGUUAGAAUGCAAAAUGUGACAAGACUUUGCCAAACCAAGAGCAUCGUGACGGUGAAUGGGCAGCUUCCAGGGCCACAAAUAACUGCAAGGGAAGGUGACAGAGUGAUCGUUAAGGUGGUUAACCAUGUUCAGUACAAUUUGACAGUUCACUGGCACGGGGUGAGGCAACUGAGGAGUGGAUGGGCAGACGGACCUGCUUAUGUCACUCAGUGUCCAAUUCAAACAGGGCAGAGCUAUGUUUACAACUUCACCGUAACUGGCCAAAGAGGGACCCUCUUCUGGCAUGCUCACAUCUCAUGGCUUAGAGUCACAGUUUAUGGCCCCAUUGUCAUCCUUCCAAAGCGAGGCGUCCCCUACCCUUUCCCCCAACCUUACAAGGAAGUUCCCAUCAUUUUCGGUGAAUGGUGGAAGACCGAUACAGAAAUACUCAUUAACCAAGCUAUGCAAACAGGAUUGGCCCCGAAUGUCUCUGAUGCCUUUACAAUCAAUGGUCUUCCAGGACACCUCUACAACUGUUCAGCUAAAGAUACGUUCAAAUUGAAGGUGAAGCCAGGGAAGACGUAUCUCCUGAGACUGAUCAACGCUGCACUCAACGACGAGCUCUUCUUCAGCAUCGCCAACCACAGCUUAACUGUUGUGGAAGCUGACGCCGUCUACACAAAACCGUUCAAGACAGACACAGUUCUCAUCACUCCCGGACAAACCACGAAUGUCCUCCUUAAGACCAAACGUCAUUCCCCUAAUGCUACCUUCCUGAUGGCAGCCAGGCCUUACGCCACCGGUCCAGCUGCGUUCGACAAUACCACCACCGCAGGCAUACUAGAAUAUCACCUACCAUCUCCCGUUCCCAAAUCCAACAAAAACAAAAUACAACUCCCGCUCUUGAAACCCUCUCUCCCGAUAUUCAACGACACCACAUUUGCAGCAAAUUUCAAUAAAAGAGUCCGAAGUUUAGCCACCCCGAAUUUCCCGGCCAAUGUGCCUCAGAAGAUUGACAGGAAAUUCUUCUUCACAGUGGGUCUAGGAAUCAUGGGAUGUCCACAGAGCCAAACUUGCCAAGGUCCCAACAACACCAGGGUAGCAGCAGCGGUUAACAACGUGUCCUUUGUGAUGCCAACCACGGCCCUCCUUCAGGCUCACUUCUUCAACCAGAACAACGGCGUCUACACCACGGAUUUUCCAGCUAAUCCGCCCUUCAAUUUCAAUUACACCGGCACUCCACCUGCCAACAUUAUGGUGAGCAGCGGUACAAAAGUUGUGGUUCUUCCAUUCAAUACGAGCGUGGAGUUGGUGCUCCAAGACACCAGCAUAAUAGGGGCCGAAAGUCACCCUCUCCAUCUGCAUGGUUUCAACUUCUUCAUCGUGGGUCAGGGAAUCGGAAACUUUGAUCCCAAGAAAGAUCCAGCAAAAUUUAACCUUGUUGACCCGGCAGAAAGAAACACCGCUGGUGUUCCAUCUGGGGGAUGGAUCGCAAUACGCUUCCUUGCUGACAAUCCAGGUGUUUGGUUUAUGCAUUGUCACCUGGAAGUUCACACGAGCUGGGGUUUGAAAAUGGCAUGGAUUGUUCGGGAUGGAAAGGGCCGAAAACAGAAGCUGCCUCCUCCACCCUCGGAUCUUCCCAAAUGUUGACCACCAUUUUCCGUCAACUUUUUUUUUUAAAAAUUUUUUAGUUUACAAAUUAUUUUUUGCUUUUGCUGAUGUUGCUUUGCAUGCUCUCGUUUUAUUUACCCACUCAAGAAAGACAUUGGUGGAAUAGGAGAUUUUGUAAAGGUAUAUGCCGAUGGCCCUGUAAUGCACCUAUUGUUAUUUGUGUACUUGCGACGGAAAAUUUACGCACAGGUUCUUGGUUA